AUGAGAUAAAUUAACAAAUAAAAAAGAAAAAAAAAAUUAAAAAAUAAACCAAAUAAAAAAAAUAGUGCCAAAUAGGAGAGAUUAGUGCACUUUACUAAACCAAAACCUAAGCUUGAUGCACCUUCAUCACCAAUUUCUCAUUUAUGUGAUUAAAGCAGAAGUAUUUUUCUUAUAAAUUAAAAAAAAUUGUCUGCUCACUAUAGACAUCAAAGAAAAAAAAAAUUUAUAAUAAUAAAUAAAAAAUAAAAAAAAUGUGUUUAUUCAUAUACUUAAUCAACACAAAAAUAACUUAAAAUAUAUAAAAUUAUAAACUAAUAUAUUUAAGAUUUAUUCUGA